AUAUAUGCGGGAGUGAAGCUAUAGAUCUACAUAUUCUAGACAGAAGCACUAGUUGGAGGUGAGUUUUCAGCCUCACACCCCUGCCACCUUACACCAGCAGAAAGAACCUGGAUAGGGGACUGGGUGGGCCACAGAACUAGGCUGGACGAUGUGGAGAGGGGGAAAAUCUAGCCCCCAUGAGACUUGAACUCGGACCGCUUGGCUGCUCAUCCCAUGAGCCAGUUUCUACACCAACUGCGCUGAAUUAAGAUUACUGUCUGAAGAAGGUUAAUAGAACAAGCAGGAGUUACCCAGAGGCAACCGUGUGCAGAGAUUUUUCUGGAUGAGUGGCGAAUGAGUGGAAGGAAACAGUCGGACCUCACAUUCCUGCUUCAGCAGUUGGGGAAGGCUGAAUUGUUCAGAGCAGCCGAUUAUGUUGCAGACUUAAUGAAAGUCUUAUAUCUUUCAGUACCACCUCUUGAGCGUCCUGUGACUGGCCCAGCUGCACCAGUUGACGUGUCUGAAAAAACCAUUGAGAAGCGUCUAGCAAAUCUGCCACUGAAAACCUCAGAACCUGGCAAUCAAUAUAACACAGUUGAAAUUGACAGGGCAUUUGAUGAGAUGACUGAAGCUGAUGGCAGCUUGCCAUCCCUAGAUGGACCACGCAUUCAGGCAGUAGGUGAAGUGAUGCAGGAGGAACAGUCUGUAUUUUGUGGUGUCACUCCAAGAGGAGAGUCUGAUGGACUGGGGAAACAGAAGACUUUACCGGUGGACCAGCUUGAAACAUUGCGGAAUGUCUCUCUUCAUCUAGAUACAGUGUUGCCACACCUGCAGUAUUCAGAGUUGGAACGUUUCACAGACUGUUUUAAUGAGCUGCCACUAGGGAACAACGGAGGAAGAAAACUUGGAGCAGGAACGUUUGGUUCUGUGUACCUGGGGAUCCUUCCAUCUCAAAAAUGUGUGGCUGUUAAAAGAUUGCACACGGAUGCCGUAAAUGUGGAGAAGCAGUUCCAAAACGAGAUAGAGUCACUGUCGAGGUUCAGACAUAAUAACCUGUUGGGACUGCUCGCCUACUCAUGCGAUAGUUCCACUCGCUGUCUUGUGUAUGAGUACAUGAGGAAUGGGUCCCUACAGGACAGACUUGCGUGCAAGGAUCAGGAAACAGCAUUACAGUGGCGGACCCGUCUCAGCAUUGGUGUGGACACAGCACGAGGUAUUGUGCACCUUCACACGACAUUUGAGAAACCUCUGAUCCACAGAGAUAUCAAGAGUGCCAACAUACUCCUGGACCACCAGAUGGUACCCAAGCUGGGCGACUUUGGAUUAGUACGUCUUGGACAGCAGAGCAACAGUAUGACGAUGCCGACAACAACUGUGCUGGGUACGUCUGCAUACAUGGCACCAGAAGCUUUCAGAGGAGAUGUCUCUGUCAAACUUGAUACCUUCAGCUUUGGCGUUGUGCUGUUGGAACUUCUUACAGGAUUGCCUCCAUAUGAUGAUGGACGGGAGGGUCAUGAUCUGGUUACUCAUGUUGAAGCCAUGUGUGAGGAAACUGACUCCAUUAAUAUGUUACUGGACAAGCAGGCUGGAGACUGGGGCCAGUCUCAUGAUACUGGAUGCAAGGAAGGGCCCAGUGUGGCAGUCAGCCUCUACACAGUUGCACUGAAUUGUAUUGAGGACAACAAGCGGAAACGUCCAAACAUGACCACUGUAUUGCAAUGUCUGGAAGAAAUUAUUGGAUUCAUAACAUAAUAGAACAGCGUUUGAAAGGCGUGGUCUUUUGAGUCGUGUAGUUUGGAGAAAGUCUGACAUUUUGAAGAGACAUAUUGCCUCCAUCUUCAGGGUUGAAGAGUAAACAAAGCAACAAACCACCAGGAGUAGGCUGCCUCAGCUUGUGCUGGCCUGCACUUUAUGACCUUGGAAGGGGAGGAGUCCAUUAGUUUACCAUUGUUAUAUUAGGCAAAGCAAAGGGUUAAGCAUGACGGGAAACAUUUAAUUUUAAUAUGUUAUGUGCAGUAAGUAAGUAAUGAAUGUAAAUCUGUUUUGAAGUAAAAUAUCUGUAUCAGAAUUAUGUGUUUU